GCUGUCGAUCAGCUGCAGACUGGCACAAAAAGAAUCAACAUCAGGCAGCUUCGCUCAUUGGCAUUGCAGGAGCUGCAGCUACAACAUAAUCUUGAAUGCUAGAUGCAAUACGUGCUCUUUUAUCAUUCAUGUAUAAGCGAGAAUUUAUAAAGCUUGAUUUCCUCGAACAACGCCGCAGAGUAUGCUUAGCAGGACAUGCGCUUGGCUGAAGUAGAUGCCAUUUCAAUUGUACUACAGCUUAGAUAAACGCAGCCGUCACCAACUUAGCAAGGGACAAUCAAAAGCUCUGACCUGUUAGUUUGCUCUUUUAUGUGCGAAGUGCUGAAAAACAGCCAUUGGCGUUACAACCUAAGUAGUCCUUGUCAAAAGUUGCUGGUACUCAGAUCUCAUCUUAUAUAGUUGGUGUGUUGAUCCUCUGCAGCACUUUCGCUUUCUGCAGCCCUCAGCAUUGCACCUAUAGGGUAACACGGAGCAACAGGUGCAGGUGCACAGCGAUUGGCAUGGCUGCCUCUAGCAGCGCUCAGCUGGUGGGCAAACUUGGCUCUGCACCCAGUCUGCCAACGGCCACACGAUCACUAGAUCGCAUCAUCUCCGCCAAAUUGGCGCAACCUGUGACGUUUGUGACGGGCAAUGCCAAGAAACUGGAGGAAGUCAAGGCGAUCAUUGGGGGAAAGAUACCCUUCAAGAGCGUGAAGUUGGACUUGCCAGAGUUGCAGGGCGAACCUGAGGAGAUCUCAAAGGAAAAGUGUAGAAUCGCCGCUAGGCAGGUGCAAGGUCCCACCCUGGUAGAGGACACAUGCCUCUGCUACAACGCGCUGAACGGUCUGCCUGGCCCGUAUGUUAAAUGGUUCCUACAAAAGACCGGUCACGAAGGCUUGAACAACUUAUUGCUGGCAUACGACGACAAAUCCGCCUACGCCAUGUGCAUCUUUUCCUUCGCAAUGGACGCCGACAGCGAACCCAUCACUUUCACCGGCAAAACGCACGGUGUCGUGGUUCCAGCGAGGGGACCAGGAGACUUUGGAUGGGACCCAAUCUUCCAACCCGACGGCUAUGACCUCACGUAUGCUGAGAUGCCAAAGGAGGAAAAGAACAAGAUCUCUCACAGAAGAAGAGCGCUAGACAAGGUUCGAGAAUUUUUCGAGAAACAUGACUUAUGAGUAACUGCACUUUUUCGCCAUGGUUGCUUAGAAUGGUCAUUUAUCUUGCGAGGAGAAAGAUGUACCAUAACUGGAUCAACAUGCAGGAUAUUGCAUUCUUUUGUUACGUUUAUCAGCCAGCUAAUUCUUUGAUGACGGCAAAUUUGGCCGUUUGCGGCAUGCAAAGAGCUCCGCGUUCACUCGCAUAUUGACAGAACCAUUCCUGA